AUGUCUUCUUUAGAUAGGACGAGUGGGAUAGUGAGCAUACCGCAGCCAGUUGUCAAUUGGCUUUUCAACGUAAUUCAAGCAAUCUACCAUGAUGCGCGGACCACAUUUCAUGAUUCGGUUGCUGUGCUUAGUCGUUUUGAUCAAUUCAGACCAAGAACAAGAGUAUUCACCAACGAAAAUGGUAUAUCAGAGUUGUUACUUUGUAUCUACGGAACUUUGCAAGACAUUCUGCCAGUUCCGUUAUUACUAUGGAUACCUAGAAGCUAUCCACUUGUGCACCCUCUUAUUUACCUCGAUCUAGAGCAGCUUGAAGAUUCUAGACCUUCUGUUGGAGAUUAUGUCAAUCCCAAUGGAUUGAUUUCCCUGCCUAUAUUCAGUAGAUGGUCUGCUGACACUAAUAAUAUUCUACAGGUGAUCCAAGAAGCUGCCGGAAUUUGCCAAUAUAACUGUUUUCUUCGGCCAUCUGGUGCUCCAAUGCAGGACAGUAUCGACCCGCGGACUUUACCUCCACAAGGAACAUCGAGAUCGCCAGAUUUACCGAUAAAACCCCCAAGACCACCUUCCAUCAGUUUACCACUGAAAUCCGCAUCGACUUCGACUUCAGACAUACCACCAGUAUCUUCUAAGGUUCCUCUUGCGGAAAGUGAUUAUAAUAACACAGUGUCACCUCCUCCAGUGCCUCCGAAGCCUCCUACCAAAGCACUAGAUGUCAUCACAAAUAUUGAUCUCUUAGAUACUGAAAUUGCAAACUAUGAAGAUCCACUAUAUCACAAAGCACUUCUCAAACUUCAAUGGAAAGUCAAUGAAUUGUGUCUAGAAGACGAACAGCUUUUGCAGAAAAACCUUUACAAUCGAAAAGAUACUGUGAAAUCUGCCGUGGCGCAGUUCGAACGGAUGCUCGACUAUGAAUCCCUGACCCAUAAAAGCGUCUCCGACUCAAUUCGGGUCAGAAAGACUGCUUUGGAUAAAGAGACCGCAAAUUUAGCCCAGCGAUCUAAAGAUAUAGAGGAGUAUGAACGGCAAAAUGGUUGUCGCGCAGAUAUAUUAUCCUUGAUUGUUGCAGAAAGUGUAAUGAUAAAUCAACUCUAUGAAUUAGUUGCCAAGGAUUGCGCCAUUUCAGAUACUAUUCAUGCUUUAUCGCGUUUAUUGUGUAGUGAAUCGAUAAAACUAGAUUCUUUUGUUAAGAAGACAAGAGAGCUGGCGAGGCAACAGUUUCUCACGAGGAUGCAAAUACAAAAAGUGGGGUCUAUCAUAGAUUCUGGUACAACCUCGCACUGA